UCUCUCUCUCUCUCUCUCUCUCUCUCUCUUUCUCUUGGACAGAACUAGGCCACACACAUUUUUUCUCGUUAUUUCACUUUUUAGUUGUACUACCUACAAAAUAAACUGCAUUUCAAACAAUUCAUUGCAGUAGGCGAUGCAUCUUGAUGACUUUUAUAUGUGAGGGUUUUUUUGUUUUUCAUUAUCUUUGAAGAAAAGUUUUAAAAAUCUAAAUUUCAAGGCAUCUGCUGCAGCUAUUGCCUUGGAUGGCAACAAUCCAGCUCAGGACAAGACACACCCCCAAGUUGAUGUGUUGACUCUCCUAUCUCGACUCCAGCGCUAAGAUUGGUUCCAAAGCCUGUGAUCACUGCACAAGUGGGCUUCAGAUGGCCCACCAGCGGUAGAUGGACGCAAACAUCUAUCGAGGAAACUAAAGGCUUCCCGGUGGUUGUUGUCAACUUAGCGGUUCUCCGAGGGGCGGGGCUAGGAGAGGGACCAAGUUGCUUGGAGAAACGUCCUGAGUUGCCAUGGAAACAAGGCCCAGUGCAAGUCCUAGUAGCGGAAAGGAGUCCUGUGAAAUUUGUCCCCAGGGAUUACUGGUGUUCACCGGUUCUUCAGAAGAGGACACCAACUUGGCCAAGCAGUUCUGGAUCCAGGCGUCGAUGUACCCUCCUAACGAAUCCCAGCUGGUGCUGUCCAGAGGUAGCAGUCAGCGUCUGCCGGUGGCACGGUCCUCCAAGAGCCGUGCACCUGAGAAAUGUUACUUGCAGUCUUUUUUCCUUGAGAAAAACAAGGGCACAGAUGUCAUUGCUGAAACCCUAAAGAUUCAGGAAUCUGAAGAGAAAGAAAAAUAUCUCCAAAAGGUAUUUGUUGAGAACCCACUCUGUGCCAAGUACUGUACUAGAUGCUGGAAAUGGAAAGAAAAGAUGUGGUCCCUAAUCUCAAGGAGUUUACAAUCUAGUGGGAGAGACAGCCAAUUAAAGUCAAUACCUAUAAGAUUUAAUUAUGAUAGAUGUAUGCACAUAAACUAUGAGAACAUACUGCAGAACAACAAAAUCAAGCUUAAGGAAUCAAGAACUCUUCCCAAAGGAGCUGAGUUGCAAAGACUAUAGAGUUGACCAGACAAAGAGGAUGCAAAGCAAUUCUCCACACUAGUUAUCUUCCUACAACCCAAAUCCAAUUAUGCUGCUGUCCUACUGUAUUAGUCUUCUCAGGCUGCCAGAACAAAAUACUACAGAAAACGGGGCUUAAACAACAGGAUUUUAUUUUCUUACAGUUCUGAAGCCUGGAAAUCUGAGGUCAAGGUGCUGUGUGAGUUGGUUUCUGAUAAAGCCCCUCUGCCUGGCAUAGAUGGCCACCUUCUCACUGUGUCCUCACAUGGCAGAAGUAGAGAGCUCUGGUGUCUGUUCCUCUUCUUAUAAGGACACCAGUCUUACCAUAUUAAGGCCCCACCUUUAUGACUGCAUUUAACCUUAUUACCUCCCUAAAGGCCCUAUCUCCAAAUACACAUACAGUUAGUUACACUGGGGAGUUAGGGCUUCAAUAUAGGAAUUUUGGGGUGACACAAUUCAGUCCACACACCUACUUUCAGUUUUUUCCAUGGCUCUCCAUUUCUGUAGGAUUAAAACCAAACUCUUCAGCGUGGCAUUUAAGUUCCUUUCCAAUCUGACCAUAACCUGACUAGCUUCUCCUAUCAUUCUCUCCCCCGCCCACAAUGUAAUCUACUCUGUACAGUUGGUUCUCAACCACCAAAGUGGUACAUGGGUAAAAUAUAGUUUUGCUAAACCUAAACAUACACAUUAUUCUGUGAUAUCUGCCAAAUUGUACAUUAAGUUAAGUGGGUCCUGCAUUGCAAUAUAGAAGAUUCUAUUUUUGAGCGUAAAAGAGGCCUAACAAAACAGCAAGCCAGCGGGAAAGAAUGUUCCUGAAACUAUGCCUUGUGAGUAUAUAUAGAGGAGAGCUUAGUACUGCACAACACAGUUCUCUUCAAACAAUACCAUGAUGCAAAGAGAAACCAAGAGAAUCCUGCAAUAACUGAAUGCUCUUAUAGACAUCCUCAGAUAUUACUGUGAUGUAGCAUUCCUAACAGUCAAUUUAAUGAGUGCAUGCCAUGUGCUAUAUACUAAGCUGAGGAGUUUACAUGUAGCUACUCAUAUUCUCCUUAAAACAGCCUCAUGCUGAUUAUCCCCAUUUGAUCAAACAAGGCUUAAAUGACUUUCCAAAGUUCCAACAACUAGAAAGUGAUAAAGCCUGCAUUCAAAGCCUGUAUCCUAACUCCAAAGCCCAUGACACUCAUUGUGUUGUAAUGAUUGCUGGCCAUGGCAUUGUUCAGGUGUGCUGCCAAAUAUCUAAAAUUCAAAACUGCAGUAUGAAUACAAGUGUGAGAAAUACCAUUCCCAGCUCUGCAGGACUAUAAGCUGUUUCUUCAACCUGCAGUGCAUGUUUAUGUCUCUACCUAAAAUGCUCCCCCCCCCAUUUACCUUCAAGGUCAAGCUCAAAUGCCAGGUUCUCUGUGAAGGCUUCCCAGAAGUGACCUGGAGACAAGUAGAUGAACAACUUCCUUCUCUAUGCUCCCAUAGGAGGUCCCAUAUACCUCUCUCCUAGUAUUUAUCACGGUCUCUGAUCUGUGUUACAGGUAAUUGGGUAUGUUUCUGUCUCUCCUGCUAGAUUACAGGCACCAUAGUACAGGGGACUUUGGAGACAAAGUGGGUUUGGAAAUCUAACUCUGCCGCUUACUAUUUGUGUGACUUUGGGCAACUUAUUAAACCCCUGUGAGGUUCAGCUUCCUCAAAUACAAAAGGAGGCAUGAUAAAAAUAUCCACUUCAUAGAGUUGAUAUAAGAUGUAGAGUACCUGGCCAUAGUUUGUUUGCCCUAGACAAAUGUUAAUUUUCUUUUCCUCUAUUAGGAAAGAGGUUAUUUCUUAUUUGGCUAUCCCCAGUACCUUUUCAGUUAUUGAAACUCAAAUAUUUGUUUAUUGAAUAAAUAAAUGAAUAAUUGAAUUAAUUAAUCUGUUUGCAAGUCUGCUUUAGGACCAUUUUAGUA